AUGACUGAAGACGAAGACGGUGGUUCAGUUAAUACGGCAACAUUAAACCCACAGGUGUAUCUCCAAGAUCAGGUGGAGUUACUUCUCGGGACGUGGAACAGAGAGGACAAUGGGAAGUGGAUUUCCGAAUACGACCCAAUGCUAGCUCCCAAAACCAUUCAACUUCAGACAAACCUCUCUUACGCGGCGCUUGUCUCGCUCGUGAAAGGAACACUUCACCUUCUAGCGAAAAAUAUAUCCAUCGAAUUGGCGUAUCAAUAUCCACCAUGGAUGGCAAUAGAUGAUGGCGAUGGAUCCACCCCACAGUAUAUAACAUAUGACCAUGAAGUGGAGGUCUUUGUCCAGAUGAGGCGUCACGUCGAGGAAAUAAACCUCUGCGUCACGGUCACACGUCAUAUCGGAUCAAUGAUGGCAGAGGAUGAGCGGAUACGUUGUAGUCAGUAUCAACCACCAUUUACAACAGUGGCAGAUGAUGGGAUAGGUGGUCAGUCGGACGGAGAAGGAACAGAUGAAGAGUGGCAUCGCUUUGCAAUGUCAGAAACUUCACUAACCGCUCCGCUAACCGCUCCGCUAACCGCUCCGCUAACCGCUCCUCAAGGAACGAGAGCAGAGGACGAGCAAGUCGUUCCGACUAUACAUUCUGAGAAGACAGUCCCCGAACGGAAGAGAGCCAGAGAAGGAGGGAUUUCUAUUCGCGAAGGCGAACCCAUUAUCCGUCUACAAAACGCCGAAUGUGAUCCUCGUGAUAAAGGGAAGGCCAUUGCGGCAGCAGAUGAUAGCGACUCAGACAGCGACGGUGAGGAUGCUCUUGUCCCCGUUUGGCGCAACAGUCCUGACCAUAUCAUCAGAGAAGGUCUAAGAACGUAUGGUGCACGAAGGCAAUUGUUCCCCGAGGAGGAAGGCACUGAAGGAGAAAAAUCAGGGGAGCAUUUCACGGGUGAUACUUCAUCUGACACGCCGUCUGGAGCCAGAGAAAAUAUCCCAUACAAUCCAUGGGGACGAUUCGACGAAGCGUUACACCACAUCCUUUGCGAUAUCAGUGCCGAUCCAGCCAUGUUCGGCAGGGAUGCUCCACCGGUUUUCCCCAUUGGCGAUGCAGAUGAUGUUGAUUCAGCUCUUGCCGACGUGCCUUAUGAGGGUGAUAAACUUUUCGUGGGUCGAGUGUUCAAGUUGAAAACAGAUUGCAAACUGAAGAUCGCUAUUCAUGCUAUCAAUAGGAGGUUUCACUUUCGCACAAAGAGGUCAAACCCAACAUUUAUGGUCAUGAAGUGCAGCUGCCCAACAUGUGAGUGGCGUGUGUACUCUGUUCUGAUUGAUGCGACUGGAAACUUCCAGAUUAGACAGGCAACGUUGACACAUUCGUGUACCGUGGAUGUAAGACGCAACUACCACAAGCUAGCAACAACACAAGUGAUCGGGGAGAUAAUGCAGUCUAAGUUUGUUGGCAUUAAGCAGGGCCCUAAUCCAGGAGGAGUAAGGAAGAUUCUAUUGGAUGACUACCACGUCAAUGCCUCAUAUUGGAAAGCAUGGCGGGCACGGGAGAUGGCAAUGGACCAUGCCAUGGGUUCAAGAGCUGGUAGUUAUGCACUACUGCCUGCGUACUUGUACUUACUGCAAUCUGCAAACCCCGGAAGUAUUUGUGUGUUAGAGCAUGAGGUGGACACGACCGGUCAACUGCGUUUUAAGUACACCUUCGUCGCUUAUGGUGCAUCAAUUGCUGGCUAUCCUUACAUGCGGAAAGUUAUUGUAGUUGAUGGCACCAGUCUGAAAGGCCGUUUCGGUGGAUGCUUGAUUUCGGCAUGUGCUCAGGAUGCAAACUUUCAAAUCUUCCCUCUCGCUUUUGCUGUGGUAGAUAGCGAGAAUGACAGUUCUUGGGAAUGGUUUCUGGCACAAUUGAAGACAUUUGUACCUGAUUCACAUGAACUCGUCUUCAUCUCCGAUCGCCACGCUAGCAUUUACCCAGCAUUAGAAAAGGUUUACCCAUUAUCACAUCAUGGGGCUUGCACCGUCCAUCUUUGGCGUAAUGUGAAGGAUAAAUAUAAAUCCAAACGUCUGGCAAACCUAAUGUCUGCGGCUGCUCGAAGCUUCACUGUCUUCGACUUCAACCGAAUAUUCUUACAGAUAAAAAGACUUAAUCCAGGCUGCGCAGCUUACUUGUUGAACAUUGGGUUUAGUCACUGGACGCGUGUUCAUUUCCCUGGGAAACGCUAUAAUAUCAUGGACUCUAACAUAGCUGAAAGGGCGAAAUCUCUUUUGCAUAAAGGCACCUUGACCCCAAACGUCCAGAAGAUAAUUGAACAGACCUUUGAAGCGUCCACAACCCUGGCGGUGCGAACUAUAUGCCCAAUGGAGUUCCAAGUUCAAGAGCAAUCUGGUGAGUGCCACAUUGUCAAAAUACUAGAUGGGACCUGCAGCUGCAUGAAGUUCCAGCUAUUGGGCCUGCCUUGUGCUCACGCCAUCGCUGCUGCGGUUAGUAUCGAAUUGCCAACUGACUUUAUGGUUUCAUGGGGCUUCUAUGGAGAGACGUGGACUCGUGGGUUCGACGGGAAGAUAUACCCAGUUCCUUCUGUUGGUGGUGGAGACAUUCUUGAUCCAGCUGGUGGUGAUCUUCUGCCACCUAAUGUCCGCCGACCUCCAGGUAGACCUAAGAAGCUAAGAAUUAAGUCACGUGGUGAAUUUAAGAAGACAGGUCUUCACAACGGGCGCCGGUGCACAAGGUGUCGCCAUCAGGGGCAUAACAAAGCCUCCUGCCGGUAUGCUAUAUAA